AUGGAUCCGAGCAUCUGCGUGAACACUCCGCAGCGUAUGCCGCCAGAGUUGAUGAUCCAAGUCGCCGAGGAGCUUCCAGAAAUGAGCGACCUCGCAAGGCUCGCCCGCACCAGCAGGGUGUGGAACCGCAUCGUCAUGCCUCUACUGUACACGCUCGACGCCCGUGUCGGCAACUCGCACGCCAUCGGCUGGGUGGCGCUGAAGUGCAAGCGGGACGACGUUGGCCUCGAAAUCAUACGGCUCUCGCGACGACACGGCGGCAACGUAAACGCCGUGCACGGUGCGGGCUCGAGGCGCAACGGGUACGCGUCCGCCUUGCACUUCGCCGCUGCCCGAGGUCGACAUGCCUUGGUCGACGAGCUCCUACGCAUGGGCGCCGACCCUCAAGCGCUGAGCUCCGGCAUGGACGUCUUCUUCCACACCAAUCUCCUGCGCAGGAGCCGAGGCAGGCUCCACGGACCGGAGGCCGAAGCAUACGCGAUCCUGCUGGAUGAGCUGCACGACGCUGCCAGAGUCACUCGAUGGAUGCCGUUGAUGGUGCCGCUAAUCUGUCGGCACACGGCCGUCGUCCAGCUGCUCGUCAAGGCGUGUGCCGCCAAGCUGGCGGGCGCGAGGGCCGAAGCGGAGGAGUUUCGACGUCGCGAAGCCCAACAGGGGCAAGGCAUUCUCGCUUCGUGCAUCCGUCCGACGGUACCGCCCGCUCACGGCCUGCCGAUGCGGCAUGUCCACGACACGACGCUGCACGUGGCGGUGAAGAGUGCCGGCUCUUGGGCGGCGCGGCCGUUUGAGGAGGUCAUCACGGCCUUCCACCUCCUCGCCGCCAUGACGGCCGACCACCUGGUCGAGGACUGGGGUGUGUACGAUGCCAUUUUCGCCGAGCACGGCAUGAGCAUCGACGCCGGCAUCCCCAUCCACCGCUACUCGGCCCUCCACUUGGCCGUCAAGGCGGGCAGCAGGGACAUGUUCGAAAGGCUGAUCCGGCACGGGGCCCGCGUCGACCUCGACUCAACCCUCGGCCGGACGCCGCUGAUGUACGCCAUCACGCAGUGCAGCGCAUGCACGUGGAACGCUCGCCGGGCGACCUUGAUUCAAAUGAUCCAUCGGCUGCUCGACAAGGGCGCAGACGUCAACCACCGGUCGGUGGCGGCCGUGGCGGAGACGCCGCUCAUAUGCGCCGUGCCCGUGGAACAGAUGCCGUGGACGAGUCAGCACUGGCGCGACGUUCGUGCCGUCAUCAAGCUGCUCAUCACCAUGGGCGCGCGCGUCAACGAGCCGAGCGCCACCGGCUCGACCGUCGCGCACCGGCUCUGCAGAGAGAUUGUGCGCGGCGACGGAAACGCGACCCAGCUCGAGCGGCUCCUCGCCAUCAUGGUGACGGAGCACGGGGCGAGCGUUCGGCCGAGCGAGUCGCCGAACCUGCCCAGCAUGCUGGGCCUCUGCUGCCUCUCCUUCGGCGCUCGCCUCGCGCCGACCCGGCUGCUGCACAUGCUGCUGAGCUGGGGGGCCGACAUCAGCGACGGCGAGACGGACCAAGUCUUCGUCCGCUGGUUCAUGGUGCCCGAGCUCCGUCGGUCGCGCCUCGACCUGGUCCAUCGCUGCAAGGGUCGCCUCUCGCAAGUCGUCGUCAACAAGGCCUACCACCACGCCGUCGCGAACCAGGACCGGGGCCUCUGGGACAGCAUACACGGCGUCAUCGGCGCGCCCACCAACGGAUCGAGGCUUAUGGCCAUCGGCCUCGCGACGCACAACCACAGGCUCUGGCCCAUCAUGAUGCGCGAGCUGGCCUUCAACGGCAACUAUGUCAACUCCCGAGGCGAGACCUUUCUGCACAUGAUCGUGGCCAAGCUCGACACGACGGCCAACUACCGCGAGAGCGCCGCCAUCAAGGACGCCGAGUUCUUUCUCAACCGCCAGUCGGGAGCGGGAGCGGACGCGACAUCGCUGCGGAGGGUGGCCAAGGAUGGCAAAACGGCCUUGCAACGGUUGGCGCAGUUGGGACGGACGAAAAACACGAAGCUGAGGCUGCUUCUGUACGAUGCUCGCGAGGACCAGGUGGAAGGUGAUGAGACAUAG